AUGGAUCUGGCAGCUGGUAAAAGCGGUGUCCAGGAUGGUUUGACCCGCUGCCACACCCGCCCUAUGCCACUCGAGGGCCUAGGAUUAGCACGUCUUGGUUGUCUGCCGGCUCCAUUAUCGAAUUUUCGGGGGGGUCCAGGGCCAGCAAUAACACCAGAAGACAUAUCCAUGUCACCUGAAGUGUGCCUCGUCUGCACCACGAACCAAAGACCGCCGAAACAGGCCUUCUUUGGUCGUAGGUAG